UGCGCAGUAUAUUGUACUUUCUUAACUGAGUGUGGGAAUCCAUUUGGCAUUGAGAAGGAAAACGUAACGAAAAAAAAAAACGAGGAUUGUUACUAACAGGAUCAGGAUAUACCAUGCACUACAGAAAAUUGAUGAAAUGUUAGAUUUCACAUUUGUUGUCCACCGUGACCUUUGGGCUUUGGAGUUUGGACCACCGUUUGGAUUUUACGUAUAUUUAGUCACGUUACACCCAAUUUCGGGGGCAUUUUUUUAAAAAGGUCUUUUUUGUCUGCUAAGCAGUUGUCAAAUUCGCCUGUUGUCUUUCAGAAGACGAGGCGAUUUUUUAAGAGCUUUAAAAAAGGAAAUGAAUUUACUAGACAUAAUGAGUGUGGAGUGAGAAAGCAUCAAUAAACAUCAAUGAAUCUUAAAAUAUGUCGAAUAAUCUAUUUAACACUGUGAGCCAAAAAAGGAUAGCUUUAUUUGCAACUUUGUUGUGUAUAUUGAUCUUGACAUUUUUCGUUUUUAACACACCCAUAUUCCAUUCCCAUGAUUUAAGCGAAUAUGAAACAAUUAAGAAAAAUUGUUCAGGAAAACAACUUGUGCUUUUCUGGACUAAGUUUUUUGAAACAGAUGAUUUCUAUGUUGGAUUAGGAAUUAAGCCCUUUAAACAGUGCACAGUGUUUGCCUGUUGUUCAACAAAUAACCGAAAUUUCCUUGAUGUAAGUGAUGCCAUAAUUUUCCAUAUACGAGACUUGGACUUGAAUGAUAUGCCCCCUCGUCGUUCCGUUCGCCAACGAUGGAUUUUUUAUCUUCAGGAAUCUCCCUUACACACUCCAAAUAUUUUGUAUGAUCUCAGUAAUGUUUUCAAUUGGACAAUGACUUUUAGAAUGGAUUCUGAUAUCUAUACACCCUAUCCUGUUGUAGAAACAACUCCAGGGUCUGCUCUUGAAUUACAAAUAUGGAACACAACAUUUAAUCGCAAUAAACUAAAGCAUAAUGUACGUCGGAAGAAAAAGUUGCUAGCCUGGUUUGUUUCAAACUGCUUUACGACAAGCGGGCGUGAAAAAUAUGUUUUAGAACUUCAAAAAUACGUCGAAGUAGACGUAUACGGAACUUGUGGAAAUUUAACAUGUUCACAUUCAGAUCACAUUGAAUGCUAUAAGAUGUUGGAAAGAGAUUACAAAUUCUACCUUGCUUUCGAAAACUCAAUAUGCAAAGACUAUGUAACAGAAAAAUUUUACAACGCCCUCCUAUUCAAUGUCGUACCAGUUGUUUAUGGUGGCGCAAAUUAUCAUGCCUUGGCGCCCAAGAACUCUUACAUUGAUGUUCGUGAUUUCUCAUCGGUUCACCAUUUUGUUAAAUACCUCAAAUUCCUAGCCCGUAACGAUAGUGCAUACUUGCACUAUUUUGAUUGGCGUAAAACGCCUCCUGGUCUUUCCUUGUUACCGCGCACUAAUCAAGGCUGGUGCACACUGUGUAGCAUGCUGAAUAAUGAUUCAUUACCUUCGCAUUCCUAUUCAAAUAUUCAUUCCUGGUGGUUCGAAAAAGGCCAGUGUGAAAAAGAUCGUACAAGUAUACAGAAGCUAGCUAUUUAAAGUAAGCAAUUAAUUAUUCGAUCAAAAUCUGUAUCAAAUACCCGAAUUCCCUAUGUUAAAAAAUUGUGACUUAGUUCUACUUCAUGUUUAUAACCGGUGAAAAUGUAGAAAUAAUUGAAUUAAUUUGUA